ACUAGGCAUUGCUGGCUUCGGUGCCUUUGGUCCAGGAGCGAAGCCGCCAGGCUCUUGGAGGGCGAGGGUCUCGCAGCCAUGGCCCUCCUGGCCGCUUCCCCUCCGCUUUGGGACCCCAGCCAGGCCCCCUCCCAGAAGCUCCCGGCCCCGGCUUUGAGCCAAAGGAAGAGCCGCCCUCAGGGCUGCCACAACGGGGCGCUCCUCGACCGCUUCGGGGUCCUGGUCCAGGCCCUGCUGGCCCUGGGGGCCUUCAGCACCCUCAUGCUAAAAAGAUUUAAGGAACCUAAAGAAGAAAGACGACCCUGGAGGAUAUGGUUUUAUGAUACUUCAAAGCAAGCCAUAGGAGCACUGUUCAUCCACUUUGCCAAUGUCUUCCUGUCAGACCUUACGGAAGAAGAUCCCUGCUCUCUCUACCUAAUGAAUUUCAUUUUGGAUGCCACUUUGGGAAUGCUGCUGAUCUGGCUUGGCGUGAAGGUGGUGUCCUGGAUUGUGGAGUGGGGAAACUACACACAUCUUGUUUUUGGAGAGUAUGGUGAUCCUCCACAGGCAGCUGCUUGGAUCGGCCAGUGCAUUAUCUAUCUGCUAAUAAUGGUAUUUGAGAAGACUACAGUUGGCCUUGUCCUGCUCAUUCCUGGUUGGACAAAGCUUCAAGAAAUCCUUCUGGACUACAUCCCUGACCCUCAGCUGGAGCUGGUGUUGGUGAUGCUUGUGGUACCUUUUGUUGUCAAUGCUGUUAUGUUCUGGGUGGUGGACAACUUGAUCAUGAAAAAAUACAAGCAGAAGGAAAUCCUUGAAGUCAGUGGCAUAAUGGAAAACCCUCAAAUAAUGAAGGAUGAGGAUUACCAGGUACUGCUUUCACCUGCCUUGGAUUUUGACCAGUCCGGAAGCAACCCAGACCUGUCAGGAUCUCUCUUCCAAGGGAGGAGUCCAGAGCUGAGACCGCCGGGCCAUUGGGUGGCAGUUUAAUGAGGAUUUACAGUCAGAGACAAAAAGAGAAGAACAUGCCAGUUGAGAGAAUGGCUGGAAGGACAUUUCUUGGAUUCUUCUUACAGAAUUGUGGCUUGUCUUUGGAGUUCCAAGUGAGAAGUACAUGCGAGUGAAGGAAGUUGAGACAACAACACGAUGAAGGAUCACUAGGUGGCACCAAACUACAAAAAUGUUUCCACAAGUCUAUGUUGUUUGUCUGUAUUCUUUGGAGUAAGGUCUGUAGAUUUUGAUGGACAGAACGUUGCAUUUGGGGAUUGUAAUUUGUUCUGCUGAACUCAUUCACACAGAUGUUGGAAUCAGGCUAAAUAAUAUAUUCUCUCUGGUUAGCCGGUUAUGGCUUUCUUUGGGUCUCUGGACUCCAACAUGAUUAAAAAUCCUACAUCUUUUUUUAUAUGAAUUGAGAUGGAUUGAUCUGCAAACUUGUCUAAAAUUUAUAUAAAUGCACAGAUUGCUCAUAAACAAGAUUACAAAAAUGUAUUUAAAAAGCUAACCUAAUGUCUCACUUUUUUACUCCUUUUUAUAAGAAGUAUAAUAAAUAUUUGAUAUUUA